UUCCAGACUAUGCAACAUUCUUCGGUGAAGCCGGUACCCUUAAAUAAUCUUUUAAAACGAACAGAAAAUAUUGAAGUUGGAACAAGUUUGGAAAAUGCAUCGAAUUCAUUCCGAUCUAUUGUAAUGCAAACAGGUGCUUUGCAUGAUCAGAAAGGUACGGUUUAUGUUGAAUUUGGUUCAACGAAAAUUAUUUGUUCAGUUGAUGGUCCUAAAGAAAUAACGAAAAGUGCUGAUGUUAAUCCAACGGAAGGGCAAGUUUAUGUUUUUCUGAAGAAUAUUUCAACGGAAGGCAAUGCCGUCUCAGGCUCAAAUUCUUCCUCAGUUUCAAAUAAAGAAAUCAAUGGGACGCGUAAUGCCGUGGAAUCGGCUUUACGAUCAAUUGUUUGUUUGGAGUUAUUUUGUAAAGCACAGAUUGAUGUUGAAAUAACGGUUCUCAAUGAUGAUGGUGGUGUUUUGGCGGCUUCUUUAAUAGCUUCUUCCUUAGCUUUAGUCGAUUCUGGUAUCCAAGUUUAUGAUGUUUGUGUAGCAGCUCAUAUCGUUAUGUUGACAGAUGGCCGUAUCAUUGUUGACCCGUCAACUAACUCAUAUCCGUUUUCUUCUAUACCUGAUUCAGAGGAAUUCUCCGGAAAUACGCAUCUUUCAGUUACCGUUGGCAUGAUGCCGUCACUAAAUCAGUUAGCAUGUUGUGAAUUUGUUGGCAUUGCAGAACCUCACCAGUUAAGGCAUGCUAUUACUGUAGCCGUAGAAAGUUCAUUGAAGUUAUAUCCACUGGUACGUAAAACACUUACCAGCAAUAUGAUAUAAAGAUAUGAUUAACUGAUAGUGCAAUUAUCGAUAGUCGAUUGGAUUAAUGGCUUGCUGGCAGCUGUUUGAUUUUUCUGCAACUUGGAUAGUAUAUCAGUUGUGUUCUCGGAGAAAAAAAUUGAGAAACAAUUCAAAUAAAGUUAUUCAGGAAUUAAGCAUUACGUCAAAGUUCGUUUGUAUUUUCCGAUCUCACUUCGCUACUUUUCCUACUUGUUAAUUGAUAAGGUUGCGCCUUAUUCAUCUUCUUUCUGUCCGAUCAAUAAAAUGUUGUGUUCAUUAUUGCUGCAAUAUUUGUCUUAGCCAUACAGUUGAAGCUCG